AUGACGAAGAGGAAAAAGGAAGUAGUAGAGGUUGAUUCUGCUGUGGAGAAGAAAGAUUUCGAGAUUGAUUGGGAAGCGGUGAUGGACGACGACGACGGCGACGGCGGCGGAAAGGAAGUUCCGGAGUUGCAGAUUGUCAGCACCAUAACUCACCCGUCGACUAGUUUCUCCGCCGAUCAGAUGGAGUGCCACAAAACCCUAAACGAACACACACUCAACGAGCAGCUGGAGCGCAACAAGUCGCACCUCGUCAAAUUAGGGCCGGGCUUACCCGACAAGGGUGAGAAAAUCCGCCUCAAAAUCGCCAGCCUCGAAGAAGAGAAGCGACGCAGAGCUUCACUCCCCUCGAAAACGGAUGUGGAAAGAACUUCGAAGGUAAUGCAUUCGACGAGCUCAGGUACUUUGCAAGGGAAUGGUGCAGCUUCAAGAGAUACCUCUAGAGAAAGGAGUUCAGACUCGAAAGUAGUCUCACGGUCGACGUUUUCUACUGCUUUUAAUAAACCAAAAACGGAGACUCAGCCAACGAAAGCGUUUUGUAAAGAGCUAGAAGAUUUGGGAAGUGGAAGUGUGAAACACAAGGCUGAUUAUAAAAAGCCGGCAACAAGGCAGAACAGCGGGUGGCGAAUGUUGACAGAGGUAGGGAAUCAUAAAUCCAAGGAAACUGUUGGGAAGAAGAAGCUUAAAGAAACUUCCUCUUACUCUCUGGUUGACGACGAUGAUGACACUUCUAGGGAGUUGUCUUGGGAAGAAUCUCCAUCACGGAGAUCAAAGCGCCAUAAGAAAUCAGACAAUACAGUGAUCAAUGUGGAUGAAGAAGAAUCUCAGCCUUCAACAGUGGCGGAGGAAGCGGUUGAGCUGCCUGAAGGCUUACAGGAAGAUAUAUGCUACCCAACAAGGGAUGAUCCACACUUUGUUCAAGUUUGUCUCAAAGAUCUUGAGUGCCUUGCGCCUACAGAAUUUCUUACAUCGCCUGUGAUGAACUUCUACAUAAGGUUCUUGCAGCAUCAGGUAUCUUCAGACAAUCAAAUCUCUGUUGAUUGUCAUUUCUUCAACACUUAUUUCUACAAGAAGCUCAGUGACGCUGUUUCGUACAAGGGAAAUGACAAGGAUGCCUUUUUUGUGAAGUUCAGGCGUUGGUGGAAGGGUAUUGAUCUCUUCCGUAAGGCUUAUAUAUUUAUCCCAAUUCAUGAAGAUCUCCACUGGAGCCUGGUGAUAGUUUGCAUCCCAGACAAGGAAGAUGAAUCAAACUUAAACAUUCUUCACCUCGAUUCAUUAGGACUUCAUUCGAAAAAAUCAAUUGUUGAUAAUGUUAAAAGGUUUCUGAAAGACGAAUGGAACUAUCUGAAUCAAGAUGAUGAUUACUCCUCAGAUCUUCCAAUCUCAGAGAAAGUAUGGAAAAGCCUCCCCCGUAGGAUUAGCGGUUCUGAUAUACAGGUUCCGCAGCAGAAGAACGAGUUCGACUGUGGUCCGUUUGUUCUCUUCUUCAUCAAACGCUUCAUCGAAGAAGCACCUCAAAGGCUGAAAAGGAAAGACUUGGGAAUGUUCGACAAGAAGUGGUUUCGACCAGCUGAAGCAUCUGCCCUGAGAAUCAAGAUCAGAAACACACUCAUUGAUCUUUUCCGUGGCAGUGAAGACAAAUCGCAACAAUGA